GUAGAAUAACAGAAUAAAAGUGUUGGAAGGGACCUCUUCUUAAAAACCUCCCGUGUUGGAGCCCCCACAACAUCUGGAAGCCAAGCCCGCCUCUUAGGGGGCUCCCCAGAGGGCAUCCGUCAGAUCCCUCUAAGCUCUUCCUAGAUUUUUUCCGCUGGCACCACCCUCAACCCGAACCGAUUGCCUAACGCCCGAAUUUCCAUCCCAGGAGGGGCCACAGGCAGGGCUGCAACGGUGUGAGAAACACCCCCCUGGUCCCUUCCCCCCCCUCUGGGCCGUCGUAACUUGGAACGGUCACUAAGCGAAGAUUGCAAGCCAGCUUUGUGCCAGGCCAAAAACAGCCCCUCCCUCACGGUGAUAUUUUCGGGAAACAGGUUGGCCUGCAACACAAUCGGCCUUUGUUGAGCUCAGGAGGGGAACAAACCAGCAUCUGUCUGCAGAGCCCGCUUGCCAGACCUUCCCGAUUGGUCGUCCCCGGUGGGGAGGGUCUGGGAGGGGUGGUCCGUGGCUUGGAUUUUAGGGCAAAACUCGCCCCCCCCACACCCCCAGAGCCCUACAUUCCUGCCAGCCAGCCAGCCAACCCUUCAUCCACCUCCCUCCGGUGCAGACCUAGGAUGGCAUCGCAGUUGGAAAGAGCCGUGGAUGCCCUCAUCUCCGUCUUCCACAACUACUCGGGCAAGGAAGGCGACAAGCACAAGCUCAGCAAGAAGGAGCUGAAGGAAUUGCUGGAGAAUGAGCUGGGGGGGCUCUUGGAGACCCAGAGGGAUCCGGAGGUGGUGGACAAGAUCAUGCACGAUCUGGACGAGAACGGCGACGGGGAGGUCGAUUUCCAGGAGUUCGUGAUCCUGGUGGCGGCCUUAACCGUGGCCUGCAACCCUUUCUUUUCCGAGGAAACCUGAGCGGCUGGCGGCCGUCGCGGGAACGCAACGCUUUGGAGGUGGGCGGUUCGAGCCCAGCAGCCGUUUGCUGUCCCUUCCGCAACGCCUAUUUCCCCCUCUUCUCGCGGCUUCUCGGCCCACCCGGGAGCACCCCGAAGUGCCUUGUAACCACCUGCUGAGACACCGUUGCUGAUUAAAGCCGU